GGGUCAAAUGUCCCCGUUUUCCUCUCUACAUUUCAGUUUUGCUUCUUAGCAGGGUAUUUCGGCCCCUUGCAUGGUAGCCAAGUCCUCCUUUCUACCAGUCAUUUGUGGUUUAAGCCAUUGCUUGUUGUUGCAGUAGACUACUUCGCCCUACUUGUCCUUCUUUUGCCUAAUCUGGAGCCGUAUAAACAAACCCAGUAAGCCUCUCUGCUCCUUCUCUGUGCCAAUCAUUUCUUUUAAGUUUCCCAGCAGAGAGUUUAAAGCAAACAACCCAAAAAAAAAUGUAUUUAAGAACUGCAAGACCAUUCCUCUACCAAAUAAGGUAGAUCGCCUGGUGGACUCAAAGCCGUUUCCUUUAUAAAUGGGCUUGGAGAGUUUUCUGAUCCUGACUUUCUUCUUUCAUCCCUGGAGAAGUUGGACCUUUUCUUUCUUUCUCCAUACUUCAGCCAAGUGGGGAGAGAAAGUCCCAUCUCUACAUUUGGCUUCUCUCCAAGGACUGCAGAGUUUUGUUUUGUUUUUUUAAAAUCACCCACUCUGGGAUCGUGAGGAAAAACUUGAGAAAUCUAGUCUGGGGGAAAUAACGUAAAGUUGUCGUGGAAACCGGUGUCCCACCUCAAGGAGAAAGGCGAAACUAUGGAUAGAAGACAGGACAAGGGUUCAACCAGGACCAGCCGUCCUACUGGGCAGAGAAUGGAGGAUGGAGGCAAAUCCAGUCGUUGCAUUUGUGGGUCCAAAUGAAUUUGUGGGUUCCCCCACACGUAAGGAAUUAACGCCCAGGCUCGGAAGCUCCAGCGCAACCGGACCAAAGGCACCAUGACUCUCUUGAUGGCUUGUCAUACUUCGCCCCCCAGGCUCAGGCGCACCGUCAGUGAGACCAGCCUUAGCCAAGCAGGCCCACCGAAGGACCAGAAAGAGGAGGGGCCGCUUCGGCGGCACUACUCCACGUUGCCGGAGACCCUCCGAUGCAUGGAGGGGGUACCGGACGGGCGGGCGGCGGCUGCCCUUGAAGAGCCGAAUGUAGGCAACACCUUGAGACUCUCGCUCUAUCAGUCCCCACAUCUGCUGCUCUUGCAGGGAUACAGCCAGCAACAUGACAGGCUAGUGUACCUCUUGAACCGCGAGCAACACACGGUUGGCCAAAGGACUCAAGCCAGCAAGCCAAGCAUUAGCCUUUCGGCGCCGGACAUCCUUCCUCUCCACUGCUCCAUCCGGCGGGUGAAGUUGCCCACCCGUUCUCACCACCGCUGUGAAGAGAAGCUCAUCAUAGAACCCAUCCCGGGUGCCAACGUCUCCAUCAACUUCUCCGAGGUGGGCAAGACGGUGAUGCUCCGUCACGGCGACCUCAUCUCCCUCGGCCUGUCCUACCUGUUUCUCUACAAGGACCCUCUCAAAACUCAGCUGCUGCCGACCCAGACGCUGGCGAAGCUCAAAGCCAUGCGCCGGGCUUCUGAACCCGAGCCGUCUUCCAGCACCUGCAAGUUGUGUGGCGCCCAUUUCAAAGACAAGGCCGCCUCUUCCAAAAAGCAGGAGGUCCAGUCCUCCUCCAGCCGGAAGAGCGGCCGGAGGAAGCUGCAACUGGAGUUUGACCAGGCCAACGAAGAUCUCUUGCUAAGAAGGAUCAUGACUCUCAUCGAACCCACAGGAGACGACCACAAGUUGGCACCGGCCUUUUUGUUGUGUCUCUGCAUCCAGCACUCGGCCACCCAUUUUAGGCUGGGAGACUUUGGGCAGCUGCUCCUCAAGGCGACGAAGAUGGUUCAGAAGAGCGUGUGGGAGAAAACUAACGAACUUGCGGAAAAACAAUCCUUACACCAGGAUCCAGCGUCGCUUUCCCUCUUUACCAUCUCAGACCUUCUCCCCGACCUUCAGCACGUGGUCUUCUGGAUGUCCAACUCCAUCGAAAUCCUGUACUUCAUUCAGCAGAAAUCCCCCGUUUACAUCCAGAACAUGGAAGAAGAGCUGGACAUCAAAGGAUCUAAGGAAUCCCUCUUCUCCUUGACCAUAACGGCCAGUGAAGAAGCCAUGACUGUUCUGGAGGAAGUGAUCAUGUAUACCUUUCAGCAAUGUGUUUACUACAUCUCCAAGUCCCUCUAUGUGGCUCUGCCCUCGUUGUUGGAGUGCAAUCCCUUCCAAAGCGAAGGCCGGGACGGUUGGCUCUCCUCGCCCCCGUUGCCUGAGGAAAUCCACAAAGUGGUGUUGAUUUACCAAGCUGCCCUGGACCUUCUCCAUCAGUACGAUGUCCACCCUGAAGUCACCUCCCAGAUGUUCGCCUACCUCUUCUUCUUCUCCAACACCCUCCUCUUCAACCAGCUCAUGGAAAAAGGUUCUUCUCUGGGCUGUUUCCACUGGUCAAAAGGGGUCAGGAUACGUGCCACCUUGCGCCUUCUUAUGGAGUGGGCCCAGAGCGUGGGUCUGGGGCCAUUAGCAGACCAGUUCUUCAGCAAACUCUCCAGUAUGGCCAGCCUCUUAGCCAUGCCAAAUUCUCAGCUGCUGCAGAUGACCUGGCCCGUCUUGAGAAGUGAGUUUCCUGCCUUGAACCCAGCACAGCUCAAUCACAUCUUGACCCAGUACCAGACUUCCUCUGCCAUGGGGUGUGUCCCAGCUUGGCAACCCAGCAACAACGAUGCUCUUGCAGCUGUGAGGACAGAUGACGUUCUGGAAUCUUUUGAUAACCAUCCCCCCAUCAUGCUGCCCACCGGAGGGUUCAAGGUGGACCUGGAGACCGAUCAUCUUGAUGACAACGUCUACCGGCAUCUUCUGUACAUCCGCCAUUUCCUGUGGAGCCUACGAAGCAAAAGUCCCCACUCCAGUGACUCUCUGGAAGCAGAAACCCCAAAGACUGAAACAAUCAAUUGCCAGGUGACACCCCCAGCGGAGUCUGAGGCAAUAAUUGGGUCAGUUGAGAGUGCCUUUGACUGGACAAAUGGCAGGCGGACGAUGAACGGUGAGAAGCCAAAGAUGGAGGAGAACGUCUCCAAGGUCGCUGGUACCAACCUAUCCAUCUCAGAUUAUGGGACUUGUGAGACACAGCUACCCAACACUCUCCAACAGCAACAACCUGAGAGGCCAAAGGGAAAGAAUGGGACCAAGGCAGUCACAGUGUCUGUGGACUCCUCAUGUUUGCUGACCCCGCCUAACACACCUCUGAUCUUUGACUCCAUCGGCCUGGAAUUGUCCCCAGAAACUACCCCUGGGAAGGACAUCCCAGAGUCUCAGAGAAACGGACUCAAUGGGACCAAAACCACAACCCAGGAAGGAUCUUCUCCCACGCCCUACGACUUUCCCACUCCGGCUUCUUCGAAUCGCAGCUCGGCCACCGACGAUUUUUGCUACGUCUUCGUGGUGGAGCUGGAAAAGGGGCCCAUCGGUCUGGGGAUGGGACUGAUUGAUGGUUUGCAUACCCCUUUAAGUUCUCCCGGGAUUUACAUUCGGACUUUGAUCCAAGACAGUCCAGCGGCAGCAGAUGGCCGACUCUCCAUUGGGGACCGCAUCCUUGCCGUCAACGGAACGAGCCUCGUUGGCUCUCAUUAUCAGAGCGCCGUAGACCUCAUCCGAUCUGGCGGGAAGAAGCUGCGCUUUCUGGUGGCCAAGUCUGAUCUGGAAGUUGCCAAGAAGAUCAGCUAUAGUUCUUCACCUUCUCCAUAAAAGCUGGCCAAAAGCGCCCCUUCUGUCAUUCACCUACCGUUGAAGGUGCUCCAAGGGUAACAGAGUAAGCUUGGUGGGACCCAUCAGCAGAGGACACACCUGGGAAGUUCGGAACGCUGCCUGGAGUUGCAACUGGUCCAUUUGUGUGUACGUGUGGGGAAGGGGAGGGCACAGUACCAUCGUAACUCUUGAGACCCAUCAAGGUUUUCCAUCGAGUGCCCCAGGACUGACCACAAAGCAUUUUUUCAAGAGUUGAUCUUCUAGCAAUUCACAAGUCCUGGGAUUCAGAACAAGCUUUGCAGCAGAGAAUUCCAUCUGGGUCACGCGGUCCUUUUUCAAAUAGAAAGCUUGCAAGGGUUCCAAGCUGGUUAUUUGGGACCUGCCCCUGCUAAGGACCUUCACGAUCUUACCAAGAUAUCGCAGACGUCUUGGUUCGCUCUCUGGACCAACUGGGAUUUGUUGCAAUGACGGGUCAAGUGAACGGGACUUUUUAAGGGUAGAGAAUUGAGGUGGUGGGGGUCUCCAUCAUGCUGGGCUCGAUAGGCCCUGAAGCUUUCAACUCUGCUGUUUGCCCUUAAUGAUCUCUCUAUUCAGCUCAGGAUGGUCUCGAAUCAGCUGCCUGCUCUGUCUAAGGUGUGGAAAUCCAAUUAGGACCGUUUGAACGAGGUUUGGGGAAAUAACAAUAAUUGCAUGCCGGGAACCAAAAAUGGAUGUUUUAUAAACACACUCCCUUCCUCCAGUUAAGUCAGAAGGGAGCAUUGCUAUGCACGUUAAGGGAAAUGGGCUACUUAAAAAUAGAAUGGGCUAUUUAAAUACGGCUAAUUUGCAUACAGGAUUCCUGUCUUUGAAUCAUCUGUGUGAUAAACCGAAAGCAAUUAACUGGUUGCAGCUCUCAAAAAAUAACGUGGCGGGAACUCUGGGUUGUGAUUAGGGGAUCCGAUGAAGAUGCUUUCCUGCUGAUCUUUCUUAGCUUAGCCCAGGGGUCAGCAACCCACGGCUCUGGAGCCGCAUGUGGCUCUUCCAUCCCUCUGCUGCGGCUCCCUGUUGCUGUUCGGCUCCACAAUUGAUAGGGCUUUUGGUUAGGGCAGGUAGAGGAAAAAGGAUGCUGCACUAAGAGGAGACUACGAUGGGGGAGCCGGACUUCUGGUCGGCUCCAAAAUUGAACGGGUACUUUCGGUUAGGACCUUUGUGGCUCUUUGAGUGUUUAAGGUUGCCGACCUCUGGCUUAGCCUAUCUCACAGGGUUUUCCAGUGAGGCUAUCAUAUCUGAGAAUGUACCUGACGAUGUGCAUUGCUACGCAGAGUCACUUGAGAUGGGCAGAAGAAAGGAAGGAAAGGAAGGAGAAGGAAAGAAAGAAAAAGAGGAAGGAAGGAGAGAGAAAGGAAGAAGGAAGGAAGGAAGGAAGGAAAGGAAAGGAAAGGGAAGGAAAGGAAGGAGAAGGAAAGAAAGAAAAAGAGGAAGGAAGGAGAGAGAAAGGAAGAAGGAAGGAAGGAAGGAAGGAAAGGAAAGGAAAGGGAAGGAAAGGAAGGAAGGAAGAAAAGAUAGGAAUAGCAAGAGCACUUAGACUUAUAUACCACUUCACAGUGCUUUACAGCCCUCUCUAAGCGGUUUAGGAGUCAGCCUAUUGCCCCGAACAUUCAUUUUACUGACCUCAGAAGGACGGAAGGCUGAGUGAACCGUGAGCCAGUGAGGAUCGAACUGCUGGCAGUCAGCAGAAUUAGCCUGCAAUACUUGCAAUCUCACCACUGCGCCACCAUGGCUCUACGUGGUAGACAGAAAAUCUGGGCUGCCGUAAUCGAGAUCACCACUAGAGAGCAGCAGAUAUAGACAAACAACAGUAAAUCUCUGCUGCCCUCUAGUGGCUGUCCAGAGACACAACAUGCAGGAAAAUAAUCUGUACAGAACCAGAAGGCUGCCUUCUAAAUGUCCUGUAUCGAUCGGCUCAUCCCAUUUGGGGACUUCUCAGAUAGAACUCAUUUAUGAGCUUCCACCAGGGUCUAAAAGUCCCAACGGCCAGCGCCCAGGCAGGGGAUAACACUCAAGUAUGACUAGAUUCAAAUUCAAGUAUUUUCCUCUUAGGAGCCUCAGAUGGUUCGAAUUGCUGAGGACCAACAACAGCCAAGAGCAUUGCUCAGCUCUUCCAACCAUCUAUGGAUGCCAAAACCAACAAUCUUGCCAGCUGCCGCUUUUGGCAAGGCCGUACUGCCCCCUGCUGGUUUGCUGAGUCCCUUUACAAUCCGAUAAGGGAGGCCGGGGCAGAGCUUCCUACCCGACAAAAAAAGACAGGCAGGCUUUGCGGCCAGUUAGCAACGCUGCAGAAAAAAAAUAAUUCCUGAAAUAAAGUGGAUUUUUAAUCGCUUAGCUACCCACUAUUUUCUGGGCUGUUUGCCAAGGACUGCAGUAGAAAAGUAGAAAAUUAAAAUCGCGGCAUUGAAAACGGUCAGCGUUGCUCAGCCGCGGUGCUUGUGCCCAGAAGCUUCUUUUAAGGGGCCAAAAUUUUCAAGAUCAGGAGAUCAACGUUGCCUGGGGGCCUGGCGAUCCAUCUCAAGCAGCUGGGGAGGAUAGGUUGGGGAACACCGGAAGAAUAUAACACCUUAACGCGUGAUCUGAUAGGUGGGGAGUGAAGGAAGCCAGAAUUGGCUGAGGGAUCCUUCUCAAGACAUCAAAUUAAUCUGCUCUUCUAGCUUAAAAGGUUCAUCUGCACUUAAUAGCGUGAAAAAAAAAAAGACACACGGAUGUGGACGAUGGGCUAAAAUGGUAUUGGGCGACCCUCCAAAUUGGCUGGGUAUUUUUUCCUAUCCAGUCCUUUCUUCGUCCUUCAGCCAAGCCAAGGGUGGUUUUGCUCCAUGCUAAUGGCCAAGUUCUUUGUAGGCCUGCAACCAACCGUCUUCUCUCUCCUAUUGAUCUCCAACAAGAAACAUUCGGCAGGAUCUACUGUGGCUCUUCCACCGUUCCUGAACCACAGAUCCCAUCCCCUCACAGAUCUGGUGAUACUGACAAAAAAGAGAUAAAAGACACGAUCGGUAGAAUCAACCGAUUGAUCGUAAACUUGCUCAUAAGCACAGGACUCUAUAAUAGAAACCAUAGUUUCUAAAGACCAGCUGAGGAACAGCAGAAGUAGGGCCAUUAAUUAAUUAACCUGCUUGAGUAGGGGGCUGGACUAGAAGACCUUCAAGGACCUUUCCAGCUCUAUUCUAUUCCUAUUCCAUUCCAUUCUAAAGUUCUUAGUUCUUAAUUCCUAUUCUAUUCUAUUCUAUUCUACUCUACUCUACUCUACUCAUUCCAUUCCAAUUUGGGAUCUCCAAACUUGGCAACUUGUAGACUUCAACUCCCAGAAUUCCUGACUCUUCUGACCUAGGCUUCCUGAGACGGUAAAAAGCACACAAUUAGUCCCAAAACCCCUUUUUAUUUCAACAGCUGUGAAUUCUGUUUAUUCACAGUUGAGUCCCAAAUAGUUUGUAAAGAGUCCAAGAGAAGUCUACCACAGUCCUUCAGAUAAGGCUGAUAAGCACCCACCUUUAUCUCCCUUGACACGCUGCCAAAGACCUAGUUGGCAAUUAGCUUUGCAAGGCCACACAGAGCACAGAGUCAAAACGGAGCUUCAGAAUUUAAACCAACCAGCAUGAACAAAGUUGCUUCCUACAAAGGCUCAUUGGCCUUUGCUCCUCCUUUAUGUCUUAUGGAAGGGGCCAAUCAUCUCCAAGCCCUAUUCCUGAGUUGCCCCUUUUGUCUUAACUGUUCUUGCCUUCUGGCAGCUCUGCGCACAUGCACACUGGGAACAGGCUCCCCAUGUUCCUCUGCCUCGCUGAUGUCAGACUCUGGAGGCUUCCGGAGGCAGCACAUAACUCCCAGAUGGCCCCUUCUCUGCCUCCAAUCCAGAGCCCUCGUCCGAGCCUUCCCCAGACUCCAGGACUGGCCCAUGUCCCUCCCCAGCUUACUCACUGUACGAAUCUGCUGCCAGCUCCGCAGGCUGCCGGUGGGCCGCAACACUGGCUGGCUGAGGAAGUUUGGGAGUUGAAGUCCACAAGUCUUGACCGUUGCAGACUCUUGCCAUUAAACCAUUAAAUGCCUCUUUGUCCAGGCAAAUCCCACAGCCAAUUCCUAAAAGCUGAAGAAGGAAAUAGAGGCUGCCACUUGUCUGUUUUUUUUUCCAGAGAAUCUGAAUUUUUUGGCUUGGAAGAAUUAAAAGGGCAGCCGCCUUCUCGUUUCAUUAUUUCUUAAUCUGCUCUGCAUUUUGAGGGUGGGUGGGGAAAUGUAUAUAAUUCUAACGUUGCAAAGGACUUUCAGUGGGUGGUUUCAAAGUGCUUCCUUCUGAAGAACGGGAUGAAGUAAAAUAAGAACAAAAUGGAUCCUUGUGUUCAAGUCUGUGCUUCAAAACCCGUGUAAGGGGGAGGAGAAUAUUGUGGUUUGCCAGCAGCCUACUUCCGGUAGGCCUGUUAGUCACCCUCCCCAGGCUCCGGAAGCUUUCCUGGAGCCUGGGGAAGGCGAAAACAGCCUCCCCUGGCCAUUUGGAGGCCUUUUCCGGACUUCUGGUAGGCCCGUUUUUCACCCUUAGAGCCUCCCUGUACUUACCUGGCAUCCAAAACGGGCCGCAUAGAGACUCCUGGGAGGGGAGGGGCAGCAUGGGCAUGUGUGCGUGCCUCCCGCAUGCGUGGCAGAGACCCGAAAAUCACCUGGCCAGGUGGGAGGCGUACACACAGGCGCAGUGGAGCUGAUCUAGGGCAACAGCUCGCGUGCCUGCAGAAAUGGCUCCGCAUGUGGAUAACCAUUUGUCUGAAAUGGUGUAGGGUU